UUGAAGUGUUAAUAACAAUUAUUACUUUCAAACAAAUUUAUUUAUUUUGAACUAUCAUAACAGCAACGGAUCAACUGAAGUUGGCUUAUUGAAGCUAGGCCAAAACAAAGAUGGCGGCCGGUAGGAACUCAUUGUGGCUAUUUGUUGUAUGAACUGUUCGUAAUGUCUAUUUUAUGUAACGUAAACCCUCUUUGGUUUCAGAUCUGUUUGCGAAAUACAGUUGCACGUAUUGUCUCGAUGAAAUUAAUGGAGUUAGAGUGAAAUGUGUUGAGUGCAAAGACUUCGAUUUAUGUCUCCAGUGUUUUUCAGUAGGGGCUGAAAUCGGCCCUCAUAAGAAUGACCAUUCAUAUCAGUUUGUGGAUCCUGGAGCUAUAGAAAUAUUUCGAAGUAAAAACAAAUGGACUGCCAGGGAAGAAUUGCAGCUGUUAAAUGGAAUAGAGCAGUAUGGCUUUGGGAAUUGGGAAGAAAUCAGUCAACGGAUCGAAACAAGGACAGCAGACGAGGUGAGGGAUGAAUACAUGGCUCAUUAUGUUGAUGGUAACAUUGGGCAUUGUACCUGGCAGCCUGCAUAUGAAAGGAGAGCUAAACUAAAAGACUUGGGGAUUGGCCAGCCACAAGAAACCCCUAACUCAUAUCUUCCACCUCUAGAUGUAUCGUCAAAAGAAGCUGCUCAACUUGGCUAUAUGCCUCAGAGAGGUGACUUCGAAAGGGAGUAUCAAAAUGAAGCAGAAUCACUGGUAUCACAAUUGAAUGUUAGUAGUACAGACGAAGAUGAUUUGGAUAUAGCCUUAAAACUGGUUCAUGUUGACAUGUAUAUGGAAAAAUUACGUGAGCGAGCGAGAAUGAAGGAAGUUUGUCGAGAUUACCAGCUAGUUUCAAAAUUUUUUGCGGACAGAAAGGACAAGCAUUAUAGACGAAAAAAUAGCAUGGAACAGGAUAUCGAAGAGAAAUUACGUUGCGUGUGUAUGUUCCAAACUGCUGAUGAACAUGACUCUUUAGUUCGUGCAAUUCAGCGACAAAAAGAACUUGAGCAACGCCUGGGGGAACUAUUGCGUUAUAGAAGGGCUGGUUUAACUCGAAUAGAAGAAUUGGCUCAUUAUGAACAAGAAAUUGCCAGGAGCAAAGGAUCUGACAGUUCCUGGAAACAAUACCCUCAGAAGGAUCAGAAAAGAAAAGAAGGAGAAGAAAGAGAGGGAAAGCAGCCCUAUUCCACCACAAAAAACUCCACCUCCCUCAUAGGCAACCCUACCUCAUUGCCCGCAACAGAGCGCGAGCCAGGGCAGCAGCCGCCGCUCACAGCGAUCCCUGAACCAGCCCAUCUCUUAUCCUCUACCGAGACUCAGAAUCCACAAGCCAAAAGUGAGUCUGCUGCCGAAAAACUUAUUCAAAACCAUAUCAGAUCCAAUGGAUGGGUUCUGCGGUUCAGCUGAAAUUUAUUUGUAUUCAAAGUUACUCGUCUUCUACUAUUUUAGUCUUAUUGAUGUUGACUUGUAAAUUGCCUGACUGAAUCAGACUUAGUGUUUGCUGUUAUAAACUAUUUUUAAAAGGUUAUUGUAUGUAACAAUAUGUGUAUAUAAAAUGUAAAUGUUUAAAAAAAAAUGUGAUAGACAUAUGAAUGUAUUUAUUUUAGAAUGCAAUCGCAAAGAAGUAUUUUAUUUUUAUUUAAUUUUUUUCUUUUAUAUUUCCCAUGUUCAUCUUUUUUUCUUUUUUUUUUUUUUUUUUUUUGUUACCUUAUAUAGUUUAAAGUAUAGUUUGCUUUCCUUCAUGAUUCAUUCUUAUUUGCCCCUGAGAUUUAAAAGGACUUAUCGCCAAGGACUGCGGAGCAUGAGUCUAAAAAGUAACCAUGGAUUGGUCCUUUUAUUUCUUAUAUAACUAAUUAAAUUAUUGUUUAUAAUGAUUGCUGUUUUAUAAAACAGGUUAUGCACUUUUGUAUUAAAAGUAUUAUUUAAAUAAUAUUUUCUAUUUCUAUACUAACUAUAACAUAUUGUAAUGAGUUUUGUUAUGUUAUGAUUCCCUCCUGGGUUAUUGAGGAGACGUUAGUUUUAGUUGUCUCUUUAUUUAUUUAAUACUUAUUGUUUUUUUUAUAUUCUUCAAAUUAUUAGCUUAUAUUUGUUUGUUGAGGAUAGAGGAAAUUUGAUCUCUUUUCCUAUUUAACUUAUAUUUUCAUUUUUUUUUUAUUAUUGGCUUAUAGAAUAUCAUAAGUCAAUACUUUUAAAUAUUGCUGUAUUAUAAAAAGUGGUUUUAAGAUAUUUAGGAGGUCAAAAUGUGAAACCACAUUUCAAGCUACCUCACAUAUUUUUAUUUACUAAUUGAAGAUGGUAAAUAGUAAAUUAUUAUUUUUUAAAUUUUUACUUAGAAAAAGAUAACUAGUGCUGAUUUGUCAGUUAGCCCCAUUCCUUCUUUUUAAGUCUAUUGUGAUAAUAUUAAUUUUUUUGACUUCUUUUGUAUAAUUUUAUUUACUAUUUUAUAAUUGAGCUUUACAACUAAAUUUUGCGUUUUAGCAAAUUCUAGUUCAUGAUAUGUUCCAUUAAUUGUAUAGAUUAAUUAAUAUUUUCUCUAUGGAAAGUUGUUUAUUGAUAUCAGACAUUUUUUAUUAUCUGGUGAUAUUCAAAGAAACUCUAAUAAACAUGUUGUAAUGUUUAUUUUAUAAAAGAAAAUUUAAAAACAUGUGCUAAUUUGUUUGAACUGUAACAGAUAAAUGUACAUUUAUAAUAAAGAUUAAAUAUUUAUUGA